CGAACCUUGUAUUAUUGAAUCAUGGUUCAUGCCUACACAAAUACUUGGUAAAUUGAGAAAAGUAUCGAGUAUGUUCUUUGAUUUAUUUGUAUCGAUUCAUCACUAUCUUCUAUUUAUCCGAAUCGUUUCACCCUAGUUGAAGGAACAAUUUUGCUGUUUAUUUUUAGCCAAAGGCUGUUGGCUUGAUUGGGGAAAAUUUAUUGCGAAACUACAUCAGAUCAACCUGUUCUCGAUUUCAGCACACACUUGCAUAAUGAAAAUUUGGACGUCGGAACACACAUUCAACCACCCAUGGGAAACAGUUACACAGGCUGCAUGGCGAAAAUACCCUAAUCCCAUGACUCCAUCUAUAAUUGGCACAGAUGUUGUGGAGCGUAAAGUAGUGGACGGAGUAUUGCACACACAUCGGCUCGUCCAGUCGAAAUGGUGUUUCCCAAAGUGGACACAUUCAUUAAUUGGUACGGCAAAAACAUGUUUUGCAAGUGAGCGUUCAACAGUGGAUCCACAGCGAAAGCAAAUGGUUUUGAAAACAAUUAACUUAACUUUCUGCCGUCACAUUUCUGUAGAUGAGGUUCUAUAUUAUGAACCACACCCUUCAGAUGCUAAAAAAACAUUAUUGAAACAGGAAGCAUCUGUUAGUGUGCAAGGGGUUCCACUGUGUCAUUAUAUGGAAGACAUGCUAACGUCGACAAUUAGUGUGAACGCCGGCAAAGGACGUCAGGGACUAGAAUGGGUUAUUGGGCGUAUAAAUGAAGAAGUCAAAGGUAUUGCCCAGUCCGCAGAUGACAUUUUGAUGAAAACGAAACAUUCGCUGGAUGAUAUGACUGAAAGCGCACUCAAAAGUAUGGACGAAAUAAGUGCUCAAGCGGCCAAAGCAGCGAAGCACAUUCGUAUAUAAAAACUAUUAAUUUAAACGAUUUAAGCAACUAUCGUGUAGAAAGUUCUUGAUUAAAUUUUCGUGUAAAAUUGAAGGAGUAUAGCAAAGCGAGUAUAUGUUCACACUUUGUCGUACAAAUUAAUAUUCAAAUAAAAACUUUACUAGUAAUAAAACACGCAUUCCUAGAUAGUAUAGGGUGCAUCCCAAAACGUCAGAACACAAAGCUUGUGCGGACCAAGUAAAUGAUACGUACAAUGCAAAAAUUAAUAAAUAAAAAACUUUAAUAUA